UGAUACUACCAUCAUGGUGGUACGAUUGUUAGAUGGUAUUAUCGUGAUGUGUUAUAGCAUCGUAACACGUACUAUAAUGUUUUAUCAUAUUACCAUACAACUUCCUUUGCGGAGAUUUCAUGUAUUAUGCAUGACUUUUUUCCGUGUAUGAACCAAUGGUGUUCGUGGCUUCAUUUGUCACGGGCACCGUGAUCCCGGUUCGGCUGGGCGGAGCGGCGUCGCAUACGUGGCCCGACACCUACCCCGGCCGUACGUCACGCUGGCCUGGCCCUUCGAUGUGAGUGCAUGCACAGUAGCCAUCUUGGACCCAAAGCGUAUAUAUGUUGCGUGCAAAUCAUUUACCGAGAAAGGUCAGAACAACGGAAUGAAAACAAGGCGAAGAGCUGGUUGUGUAAAGCUCGGAGCUAACGCUGAAUGCCGUGUGGAGGGCUGUCCACAGUAUGGGAAGGUGACCGUCAGACUCGAUCGCCAUCUGGUGAGGCAGCAUCAACUCAGCAGAUCCGAACAUGACAGCCUCCCUCAGUGUUCAGCUGUCAAAGCUCGUCGACACCGAUUAUUGAGAAGACAAGAAAGAUGUCUACUAGAUGGGUGUAUUCGCAAUAAUGUUUUUUAUUGCAAUUUGGCAAAGCAUCUGCGAAACAUGCAUCAAAUGACACGACAGCAAUAUAGACAAAAGCUGGAGUCCGAAGAAGAUGAUCCAGCUUGCUCACUGGUGCUGCAGCGGUCUAAUUAUUCUCCUACCCACUAUGCGGAAGGUGAUGACUGCCCUGCUGUAGUGGAACAUCCAUCGAGCAAAGACUCUCUAUGUAGUUCAGGUUGUGAUUCCUUGCCCUUCGACGAGGACACGGAACCAGGGACGACGAAUCUAUAUCCAAAGGUUAAACUUAUCCAGGUUGAAAUGGCUUUGGAUAAUUUAGUAAUCGUGAGAGAAAGAUUGCCUGCAGUACAGACGUUCGAUGGGAACCAACAUGUAUCCCGGUUUUAUUUAAAAAAACAUUUGAUAUCAGCUGAACACUGGUUGGCAUUCAUAAAUUCUUUAGAAUCAUCUGGGAAGUUUGUGACCAAAGGCGCUUUUGGUACUUUUCAGUACGAAUGUUGCCUGUGUAAUCAUUGGCACAGACUUUCCAUGUGGGGAACACCUUCCCUGUAUUGAACUGCCUCCCAGUUGUCUAUGCAAAGUUUAGAUUAAAAUGGAAUGAAUCUUAUUUUAAGACAUUUGUGUUAUAAUGUAUUGUGUAUAAGAUAUCUUGACCAAAAAUAUCUUAUUCUCUUGCUGCUCUCCCACCGGUCAUAAUUGAAGGAAGCAUUUUAUUUUUUGUUAUUCCAGGUUUUGCAAUCUGCAGGCGCGGAUACGGGGGGGGGGGGGUGUGUUCAACCCCCCUGCCCCAGCUUGUCUUUUUUUCUAUAGAAAUUCAUGAAUCCCC